UGGAGAGAAGGUGUGUCAAGCUCUAUAUAUACAGGUUUGCGUCUGUGUUCUCUGCUCAGAUCUCUUUCUUCCACCAUCUCUCAUCUCGACCUCCACAAGCUUUCAAACAACUUUGCCAACAUGUCAGGGUACGAUGAUGCUCCAAAGCUCUUGGCGUCAAUAUAUUUGCUCAAGGAUGUCUUUGACCAGUACGCUGGACAAGGUGGAGACUCACAGACUCUGACCAAGAAAGACCUCUCUGAGCUGCUCCGCAAAGAGCUUCGUUUGAAUGUCUCAAACUGCCCUGAGGCAGAAGAAUACUUCAACCGACUGGAUGCCAACGGGGAUGGUACUGUUGAUUUCGAGGAGUAUCUCACUCUGGUGGGAGGACUCGCUUUGAUCCUAAGCGCCAUGUACAAUCAACAGUAAUCCAUGUACAGUCACAUGUAUAAAAUAUGUUUCAUCAUCAUAUGCUCUGACAAGGAAAACAUGGUUAAUAAACACACAGAUGAAUCAUAGAUGGGUUAUUAUGUAGUCCUGCAGGACUUGAAAUGUGAUGUCUCUGAGUGUGUUUUGCUGAUUCUGAAUGUCAGAGGUGAUUAACAAAGAAGCAAAAAUAAAUGUUGCCUCCUUUUACUGAA